AGGUGUCAGACAUAAAAUAACGGACAUGAAGUUCUUCAUUUUGGCCACCUGCCUGCUGGCUUUCGCAGCUGGAGAUGUGUCCCAUUUGCCACUGCAAGUCCUGGAGGAGCACCACGAGCAUGGAUAUGGAUAUGAUUACCCCAAGCCGGAAGUACCAUUUGUGAUUACUUCUACGACGGAGCCACCGUCGCCGCCACCACCGACUUAUCUGCCUCCCAAGCCGGUGCCUACUUACCUGCCUCCUCCACCACCCACUACCACCACUACUACUACCACCACCACCACCACAACCACUCCACCACCCACUCCUGCUCCUACUUACCUGCCUCCCCCACCACCCACUACCACCACCACCACUACAACCACCCCAGCUCCCACUCCCGCUCCCACCUACCUUCCUCCUCCACCACCACCCCCACCACGCACCACCACCACCACAACUACAACAACGACGACUCCUCCACCCACGCCGGUGCCCACCUACCUGCCACCCCCUCCACCACAACCGGAACCGGAACCGGGUUACCACUACGAUGCCCCCGCCCAAGAGUUCAUCUUCUAA